AAAUAAAAGUGAUUAAAACGUUAGCACCCUCAACAAUUUACCUUUGCUAAUAUAUAACAGAAAUGAGAAAACAUUUGAAACGAAAUAUCUUGAGACGAUUUCAUCGCCCGAGGCCAUGGUGAUGUCUAGUCACGAUUUUUUCAUCUCUCAUCCUUUUCAUCCUCAUCCUCAUCAUCUUCAUCAUCAUCAUCUCUCUCCGUUUCUCUUUCUAUUCUGUUUUUUUGCAAAAAUUGUGCCAACCUACCAUCGGUCACUUGGUUUAUCCUCAUUGGUUAACUUGUUGUUUCCACUAUUGUAUAAAUAAUAUUGUUCAAAAGAAACCACGAUUAGUUAGUUAAUCAACAAUCAAUUGAUUGUCUAAGUUAAGACUAGUAACGUUUUUCCAUUGAUUCGUGAUCUUAUUAACAAGUUAACUGUCCCCACGUUUACCGCUUGACCAACGCUCUGGACCAUUCACUUGUUAUCGUGACUUUUACCUGUUACCGUUAAGGUUACAUUAAUUAUCGUAUCAAAAGUUUUCGUUGUUUCCAUAUAGCUCCCACUUUCCGCUGACCUUUCACCUCUAACUGGACAACUUACCACAACUACUACGACCAUUGCUUGACCAUGUUUCAAGAUAAUUCAAUUGCUUCAACUGAAUCAGAUGACUCAUCAAAUCAGGUUUUCGUUCGUGCCGACCCAUAUCUUUGGGACUUUGGUGACAUAAACAAAUGGCUGGAUUGGAUUGAGAAAGCUUUCCUAAUCCCGUCGAUGAUUAAUAAAUCAUAUUUCCCUGACAAUGGACCUCAACUGUGUUCAAUGAAUUAUUAUGAUUUUGCCAAUAUUGUCAACGAUAAAGAGACAGCAAAGAUUUUGUUUGACAAUUUAAAUCAUUAUAAAAGAGCCUGCGGACAUCAUGUUGAUGAUGAUGAAGAUGAUUUAAUUGAUUGGAUAAUUUGUGAUGAUAGUUCAGAUGGCACUUAUACAGAAUCUUCGAGGAAAAGUAACUGGACUUCUCCUCUAAAUGUUCAAUCACUCAAUUCGAGUCCCAGUUUCAGCGAAGCCCAAAAUAGUCCAACUUCCGGUACAAUCAGUUUAAUCAAUCAAUCAACAUCAUCUUCUUCACCAACAACAACAACAAUCAAAUCAGCUCAUGAUUAUUUCUCAUCAUCAUUAGGUUUCAAUCAUGUUAUGGUUAACGGUAAUUCUGGAACUGGAGUAACAAAAGUUAACGGUAAUAAUAAUUCACCAGCAAAUGAUCAAAAGUCAACAUCAAAUCAAGAUUCAUACAAUAUCCUAACUUCAGCAAGUACAAGAUUCACAUCGCAAGGUAGUGGACAAAUUCAAUUGUGGCAAUUUUUACUUGAACUUUUAUCGGACAACAAUUCAAAUUGUAUCGCUUGGGAGGGUAACAAUGGAGAGUUCAAAUUAACGGAUCCGGAUGAGGUCGCCCGCCGGUGGGGUGAACGGAAGAGUAAACCAAACAUGAAUUACGAUAAAUUGUCACGAGCACUUCGAUAUUAUUACGAUAAAAAUAUAAUGACCAAAGUCCACGGUAAAAGGUAUGCGUACAAAUUUGACUUCCAUGGUUUGGCUCAAGCCUGUCAACCAAAUCCCACCGAGUCUUCACCCGCCAGCUACAAGUAUCAAUCGGAACUUUUAUUAACACCAACGGCUGCUUAUCACGCUCAUGCAAGUAAACUCAACUCUUACCUGGCUGCAGGAGCAGCGGCGAGAAAUGCAAAUGUUAAUCAUCACCAAAAUCACCACCAUCAUCAUCAUCAUCCCUCACUGUUCACUGGUCCACCUUAUUGGUCAACGGCGGCGGCGACCAACUCAUGUAAUCCUCUUUACACCGCAUCAAUUGGACACCAUCAUCAUCCUCAUCAUCACCACCACCAUAGAGCCAAUUCAUUGGGAUCUUAUUAUGCUUGAAAUCAUUUGGCAAUCAUCAGUUUAUCAGUUAUUCAUUUUCUUAGUAUUAUUACAAAAGUUUUCAUCAUUUCCGUUUCCGUUUUUUUUCAUCUCUUUUUGUUUCUUCCUUGUGGGUCGGGAUGAUUGCAAUUAGUUAAUUACGAUUACUACUAUUUAACUUAAUUCUUUUUUGAACAAUCAACCAUUCAGGUGCUUUUUUAUAUUUGUAAAAAGUUACACUGACUGUUAAUCACCUAAACACAAUUAACUAAUCACAGCAUCAUAUUAAAAUCAGUCAUAUUAAUCAUUAAUUAUGUUUCAUGACUGUAAAUUAAUUAUAAGUAAAAAUA